UCAGUGUUGAUUUGAGUACUUGACGAAAGUGGUUCUUCUACUCAGAUGUAUUGUACGGAAGUUUUUAAGACGAAGUGUGUUGCUGUAGGUUUUUAAACUUCGAGAAUGAUGUUUGAAACAACAGCAAGGUGCUGGAGACAUGACAGGCGUUAGAGGAGACUUGUAAUGGGCUGCAAGACAGGUGCGUUGUUCAGCUGACCGCGGGCACACAGACAUGGCUGACGUCCGAACCUCCACUCCAAACUCCAGCAGCGCAGGGUCCAUAAAGAUGGGCCGUGCACUGCAAGCAGAGAAACUCCAGCUGCGUCUGCUGAUGAUUGAGGACAGAUACAGAGGUCAAGUGAUGACCCACCAGGUGGACGCGUUCGAGGAGAAAGUGAACAUGAGUUUCAAAAACUUUGACAUCGACACCCUGGUAAAUAUGAUACGUAUUCUCAGAGGCCGCACUGAUCCGCCACGUGUCAUCGGUUCAUUGGAUAAGCUUCACAAUGCUAUGAUCCAGGAAGCCAAUAAAAACACAGUUGCCCGCAAUCGCGAGGCUCGAAUUCGAAAUACCAAACCAAAUAUUGAUGACAAUUGUGUGAAAUAUUUCAUGUGGUUUUUCGAAUAUGUGGACUACCUUCGUGACCUGAAAGUAAAUUUCACAGACAGGAUAUUCCAGCCAUUGUUCAAAUAUUUCUAUGAGGGUUCCGAUAGAGAUGGUGACAAAAGAAGGGGCUCCUCGUCGACGUUGUCAUUUUCAAAGUUUAGUCAGUUUUCCUCUGACAGUGGUGACAGUGGGGAGAAUUUCGACAACAACGACGACCUAGACGAUAGUGUCGCCACAGCUCGCAAUAGGGCGCAGGAGAAAACAGCACUGAUGAUGCUGAGCAAUGAAUUCACGGACAUCAAAACUCUGUACGAUACAACCGAAGUCGACAAAGUGGCGAAAAGUCUUUCUUUAGUGAAAGAGCAAAUGGAGUUUCUUCUAGACAAUGAGGAUUCCUUGGACUCUGACCUUUACAGCCACGAAAGUGAAAACUGUGUGUAUCAUUUGACCUUGGACAGCGCCACCGUGACCUUGAUUCGGUUUGUCCCGGACAUUCUGGCCAAGCUCCAGAAGUCCGCCCGUUUAGCCAGACGGUGGCUUCAGUUGGAUAGCGUGAGAACAAAAGACUUGAACAAAAAGCUGGAGAAGAUUCUUGAACUGGAAAAGAAGCUGAAUCAGCGAGUUUCCUUUCUAGACGAGGACAUUCUAAGGAACGAGGCGGAACUGGAGAAGGAGAUGAUGGAGCUACAGAAUCUUCUCAAGAGGGAAGACAGGUCCAACGAUUUGAGUCUGACAAUCUUCGACCUUGACGAUAGGAUAGGGAAGCUCCACAACAAACUGGAAGGUCUGCGGAAGGAGAGAGACCGGAUGACGGGGCGGGUCAUGGAUACCGUUCAGACCAGGAACAAACGGCAUUACGAUGAACUGAAGGUACGAUACGAGUCCAACAAGCUUCAGCGUUACAUGACUGAGCGGAUGCUGGGGACCCUCCGGUACCACCGGGACAUUGUAGAACAGGAUAUGAGGGUGGAACUCAGCAUUAAACCGAGCAUCAUCCACAACACCAAUAGUCUCCAGGACCACUGCGAGCGGCUGGAGCAGAUCCUCACCCACGAGAAGAAUGAGAAACAUACGAUAAAGACUGCCCUGGUUCCCAUCGGCGAAGACAAGAGGUUUAUAUCUCAGCGGUUGCUUCAGAAGCGAAUGUCGGAGCCACAACCUGACUUCACAAUGGCGGAUUAUAUUGGCACCAGGAGGAAAUAUCACAAUGGGCAGGCGUUCUAUGUGAAAACACAUCGUCCACUCCCACCCGGGGCCAGACACGUUCGCACCUACAGACCCAGCACGCCGGACUGGUGACCUGUGACCUGUGACCUGUGACGUGUUGACAGACAAUAAUGACGUCACCAUUGUUAGUGAUGAUGUCAUAAUACAUCUACAUUGAAUAAGUGUUGCUCAUACAACGGUUACCUAAAGACAAAGGGUCUGUAAAGAUGUAACGAUAUUUGUCACCUCAUGACUUGUGUAAUAUUGUAUUUGUUUUUUGGACAACCACGACUAGAGGACAUCAUGUUUGUUCCACACUCUUAGUUUAGGAGAUGUUUUCACCACAUUGGUCCAGAAACCAUCAGCAUUUUACUCCACACACGAAAGCGUCAACAACAGCAUACCUUAUUGUACGAAUUCAAAAUAUUUUUCAAUCCGUAAGUGUGAGAACAAUAGUUUAACAUAUUUCAGACGUUACCCACUGAUCAUGACAGUGCUGAACAUGAAUAUAUCGAUGGCCUCACCCAUCUUCUAAUGACCUAAACUGUUCGCAUACCAACAGUUUCCUUUAGCACCACCAUACCAAUAUUAUUCAAACAGUAUACCAAUACCAAUAGAAAAUAUCUUUCAUUUGGUCAAAAUCAAAUAAAAAUGCUAAAAUACUAAGUCGUGGUUAUAACGCUUACCCUGACAAAAUGGUUGCUCUUGAAAUGAUCACUACAAAACAAAAGUUAACUGUUCGUUGACUCCCUCCAAACGGAGCAACUCUUCAUUUGAAAGAGGUCAAUGGUUAGCGCGAUUAAAUGACGAUAAACACAACACCCAUAUGUAAUGAUUUGAAUAUACAGCUUUUUUAUAUAUACUACACUGUAAUUGAUAGGGAUAUCGGGAAGCAGGAAAUGACGUUUUCCGUUACAGUCAGCAGUGCACGUGACGUUCUCAGCAGUGCACGUGACCAACAUGACAUGGGCGUGCUCGCUCUAGGUGCACAGGUCACUAAAGAAAUCACUGCAGACUUGACAACAUGUUACAUUGAGCUCUGCAAAUGGAUUCUUUCCAUCAACAGCGUGUGUCACAUUACAUUCCUAUAACAACGACGUAUGCAUUAUAGUGAAAUCGAUGCUAAUCUGUAAAUAGCUGUAAAUAAAAAGUGUUCU